GUUUACUUAACGCUGCAUACACACACACAAGUCUCAAAUAAUUUCUGUACGUUAAAUUAAAAUGUCGCAUCCGCAUCACAAGACGCUUGAGAAGAUUGGCCAGCGCAUUAUGCAGCAGCUAAUCGCACGCGAUGUGGAGGUGGAUGAGCAGUUUGUGCGCUUUGUUGUGCAUCUGCUGGCGCGUGAUAUGCGCCAAGGUUUGCUCAAAACAGAUCUGGGCAAUCCCAGUGCCUGCCAGGUGGACGCCUUUGUGCACUGUAUAGUCCAAGGCUAUAUGCAGCAUACAGACACUACCAUGGCCAACAUGCGCAUGUCCUGGCUUAUGAAAACGGGUCAUGCUAUAGAUCUAGCCUAUGUGCGUGAGCAGUAUGAGCAGCGCUAUAGGGAGCAGCUCAAGCUGCUUAUUGAUGACAUUCUGCGCUAUCCGGAGAGCUGCAGCAAGCAGCAGCUGGAUCAGCUGUUUGCCAAGAUGCAGGUCUUUAUAGCAGCUACCUAUAAUUUGGGUUCUCCCAAGAACCAUGUGCUGCUCAAGCUUAUAGCGCAGGCUUUGAAUAGCGUCAUUGGACGCAGCGACUUGCAGAACUAUGUGCUGAAGAAGAAAUAUCAUCGCGAGGAGUAUUUGCUGCGUCUGGCGGCCACUGUGGCGGGCAUUGUCAUAUACAACAAUGAUGGACCCGAUGGUGAUCGCGAAAAUGUGCGUUAUGUUGUUGCCGAUUUGCUUAUGGCUCAAGAGAACACCACAGCUGCAUUUAAUGCUGUGCUGAAGCGUCUGACGCGUGUGCAGGCGGAGUGUCAGUCCAUCAUAAGCGAGCAGUUAACCUUCAACACCAAGGAGGAGCUUUUAUUCUACAAAGUGCCGCUGGAGCAGCUGCAUCGUGUUAACCAGUUUACGUUAACUUUUGUCAUGCAGCAGCGUUGUUUGUUGGCCUUGAAGCGCAGCUAUGAGCAUACGGCGUAUUUGAUAGGCGUGGAGCAGGGACGCUAUGACUGCGUUGUAGCCAAAAUAAACGAUACGCUGCUACUGCGCACAGCUAUAGACUCGGAGCUAAUCUUUCCGCACUUUGUCUAUUUGUCCAAGGUUUGGUGCAAUUUGACGCACUACUUCAAUCACAUUGUCGAGCUGAACAAGCUGCGUGAGCAACUGGAGCAGCUGGUAAGCCACGAAAUGGAUGCGUGCGCGCGCAAAACUAUUGACGAGAUUAGGCUGCUGGGCGAGCACAUAAAGAAGCCGGAGCAGCGCAGUUUUCUGGAUCGCAUGGCAGUGCUUAAUCAAUAUAAUACAGAUGGCAACUUUUGCAGCAUGGCUCAAGCGGAUAUCAAGGAGUUUUGUUGUCUGACAUUGACGCUGACCAAUGGACUGCUGCUGCCAGCGCAUGUGCUGCGCAAGCUUUGCAUGAAUUUGGACAUAAAGUUUGGUUUUCGAGAUGAAACCUAUGCGCGCAUAGCUGAGCUUUGGUUUGAGCGCUUCAUUAAGUCUUUCAGGCAGGCUAUAUUCAAUAGCGCCAAUCUGGCGCUGGUGCUCAAGCUGGACGAUGUGCUGAUAGCGCGUGAAAUGCAGCCACUGCCAGUGCCGCCGCCAAAGACGCGCGACUUUAAUGCGCAAACCGAAAUGGUUAUAACCAACGAUCUGCGGCCUGCCAACUGGAUUAAUGUCACCUGGAAUGCCUGGGACUAUCAUCGCGAGACUAUACAUCUAGCUGAGAUACGCAAGCGUCAAACACAUGAUACGCAAACCAAGCUUAGCUAUGGCAAGCGCAAUGCGCAGAACCAAGCCUACAAUUCGCGUCAGCAUAAAUGAGCGCACUUGCCUUUGUUGGGUUGUGUGACAUCGUAGAUGCCCAGCUCGCGAUCUGCUAUAAAGUAUAUGUAGUUAUCCUGCCACACGAGC